AUGUUGGAAAAGCUAAGAUCGUGUGGAGUUGGUCGCCGGAAGCUGGAUGACGAGCUGUUCAAAAACGACAACCCUCCACCUCGGCUCGGAGUGUUCGAUUUGGAUGACGAGAACUUGUGCCAUAAUGUUAUAAAAACUGAGUGCAACGUGCCAGGCUGCAGUUUCACAGCGGAGACGUUACUAGAGUUCGAGAACCAUUACAAUGGCUGCCACCGCUACACGUGUGGUCAGUGCAAGAAAGUGCUGCCUUCGCCGCACCUUCUCGACUUGCACAUACAAGAGACUCAUGACUCGUUCUUCGCGGUGAUGGCGGAGAGGAAACCUUCUUAUUGCUGCUACAUUGAGGAAUGCAAAGAGAAGUUCAAGAACGCCGAGGACCGAAUGGAACACUGCGUAAAAAUUCACAAAAUACCAAAAGAUUUCCGGUUUGAGCAGAAGCAAAAGCAGAAAACAAGAAGAAAUCCCAAAGAGAACAAAAGGAAAGAACAUGGAGCUACAAUGGAGGUGGACUGUCCUACUGUAUCAUCAGGCAUUAAUAAACAGACUUUCGCAUUCAAUAAUAGUAGACAGAAAGGUUUUGCAAAAUAUACAGGUAGAAAGUUCACGGAUAAUACCAAUGACAAAAAGGUAACUUCUAAUGAUGUAAAUAUGGACGAUAUCGCUACAGAAUUGAGAUCGAACCUGCCACAAUAA